CCUGGAAUGCCCUCGGGCUCUUUACUCAUACAUCACAGCAAGUUCAUCUAUAUUCGCCAAGUCGCUAGGAUACCGGUGGAAAAAUAAUCUCGCGAAAGAUGAAACAUACCAUGCUGAGGCAAGGAUCAAAAGCUAGUGGUCGUGCAAAGCUUCCAGGUUAUUCCCUUGCUCUCCUCUGUGCUUUUCUCAACUACUCCAGAUAUCCAAAACCACCGGCCCGCAAAAAGGAAUGUUUUGGUUCUAGUGUAGAGCCGUUGCAACGUUCAACAUCAUCUCAUGGUUCCAUCAUCCGAAGUCAACGGACAGUGGCAAAAUAUUUCGACUUUUAAGAUUUUGAAACGCACCGAACUAUAGAUUCGCACCGAAGACUUGUCAUCUACUUAGUUCUGCAAUGCAUUGAGCCGCUAAGACGUUUUGUUUUCGUGCUUGAACAGGUAACGCUUUUUCAUAUUUCAACUCAACUCUACAGCACUUUGAACACUUUUUCACUCGGACCGACUGGCGCUAUCGAGCUCUCUCUCCUUUUACCAGUAAUGCUCUGCUCUCGUACGUUUGCUAGGCAUCGCUGCAUCGUUAAUAAUAGCAUAUGGCUCACAAAAACGCACGGAGUACUUAACGUUGGAAUGAAGUCGUGCUUUUCAUUCUCAUGGGAAAUCAUAAUAGCAUAGCCUCCAUUAAGACUUGUCCUGUUCGAGUCCUUGAAAAGGGCACCCGAAUCACACCCCAGAGAUCCGUUUCCUGAGACCUGAACAAAUCCAAUCUGCAGGAUAUUUACACCCUGUCAAAUACAACAAAGAUGGCGGUCCGAAUAAUCCAAGGUAAGUGAAAUUCCACAAAAGACCAGUUGGUAAGCACAUUCUAACAAUAGAAAUCAAGUAUACGGCCUCUGGGUCUGGGUCGCUUUCGCGUUCUUCAUCUUCGUCCUCUUCCAUCAAUCACAUUCUCCUCUACCCCACUCGACAGGAAGACCCUCAACCGUCAAGGAACGCAUGAUGCGUGCAGAGAAAGCAUGGGAAACCAGUGUUAAUCUACGCCACGAGAUGGCCCACAAACACCCCGGUUACCCUCGAAUCCCUCUCUUCCCAGCCCAAACUCUCGAAGCUUUCGGUAAAUAUCCUUACACCAUUUGGGAUUUCUUCCCACCGGUCUAUACUUGUCCCCAUGACAUCCAACGCGUUGGUCAUUUGGGAGAUGGUGGAAAAUGGGUCUGCGGAAUGUCUUUAUACGAAAAUAGACCGGCUCCACCAGUUUCCAAAGCGGGAAAACGUACCAAGCCCGGUACGGUCAUAUAUAGCUUUGGAGUCAACGGUGACUCUAGCUUCGAAGCGGAGAUGCUGGCCCGUGUUCCUUCUGCUGAGAUCUUUGCUUACGAUUACACGGUUGCCUCCUUUGGGCCACAAAUCGCGGGCUCUGACAGUUCUCGAGCAUAUUUCAAACAAGUUGGAUUGGACCGGAUGGAUGUGCUUGAUAGGACCCCUCCAUUUAUGAGUCUGCAAUCCCUGAUGAAGAACAACAGCCACACGUACAUGGAUAUCUUGAAAAUAGACAUCGAAGGCGCGGAAUACAAUUCUUUUGAUAGCUUCAUGGACUGGUGUGAUCGAGAAAAUGCCGGCGAGAUGCCCAUCGGACAGAUCAUGAUCGAACUCCAUCUUACUGACGAUGACAACCUCAAUUUUAACAGGCUCUUGACAUGGUGGGAGAGACUGGAGAAGUUUGGAAUGCGUCCUACGUGGCUCGAGGUCAACCUCCUAGCCGUUACUCUGAAUCCGAACAAGCAAGAUCCACGCUGUGUCGAGUACGUGUUGGUGAACCAUAAGGAUAGGAAAAAUAUCAUGCGACAGGAGUCAUAAUCCAUCACAUUUGAUGAUAGUGGUUGAACUAGGGAUAUAUUCUUUUUGGGAGUCCUCGGUUUUACGGGCAUUGGCAUUCAGGAUGUUUUUGGCGUUGAUAUAUAAAGCUAUCAUGAAACUGAGUUUUAUGCGUGAGUUCUUAAGUCUGAAUAGUGAUUGAUGGCAAGAGCGCUUCUCUUGAGUCGUUCGGAUUUUCUCAACGCUAGGACAUGUCUCCUGGAAUAAGUCUAGAAGUCUUCUAUUCCAUACCCCCUAUUGUAAAUAGUUCUUCCGAGUAAUAGACUACAGUAAUA